CAGAAUCAGUUCUACCAACUGAGCGUAAACAACAAGGAACAGCUCACGACGUUUACUUGACAGCAGAAAACUAUCAACAUAAGAAAUUGACGUCGUGACAGCUCACAAGAAAAAAUGUCAUCGGCCACGGUCCCUUUGCUGGACGAUGAUACGGUCCCAUUCGGGGAGGAGGACGAGAAUGCCGCUGCCAAAAAAUACAACCACCCGUACGUGGUGUUUUUCCAUCUGUUCUUCCGGGCGGCGUCGAUUGUCACGUAUAUGCUGUGUGGAUGGUUCAGCGACUCGUUCAUUUCCAGCUUCGUGAUGGUUGUGCUGCUCUUGUCUGCCGACUUCUGGACCGUCAAGAACAUCACGGGAAGGCUGCUGGUCGGGUUGCGGUGGUGGAACUACGUGGACGACGACGGGAAGUCGCAUUGGGUGUUCGAAUCCAAGAAGGGCACCAAUCAGCAGGGGCGGAUCAAUCAAAACGAGGCUCGAGUAUUCUGGCUGGCGCUGAUCCUGUGCCCCGCGAUGUGGGGCAUAUUCUUCAUCGUUGCGCUGUUCGGACUCAAGUUUAAGUGGCUCUUGCUGGUCAUGAUUGCGCUGGCGCUGAACGGGGCAAAUUUGUAUGGUUACUUCAAGUGCAAUUUUGGAGCCAACAAGGACUUGAAUGUGGCAGCGACGGACUUUGUGAAAACGCAGCUUUUCAAGAACGCAGUGGAUAUGAUGACUAAACCCGCGCAGCAGCCGAGCACGGCACGGCCAACGGGCGUUGUUUAGGAGGAAGUUAUCAUUUAAUUGCUUAUUCCAUUUAUUUUCCAAUGUCAUAGUUGUAAGUCCUCGUGCGCCGGUUAUGAGUGUCGUGUCUUAUUGUUUGUGAUCAUAAAUAAUAAAUUAGAUACUAUUUA